CUCUCUCUGUGCGCGCGCGUGCGAAUAAGGCUUUAAAGCUAAAACCCAUUUGCCAAAUAAUGAAAUUCGAAGACUUCUUGAUGCGGACAAGUGAUUCAGAGAAGCAGAGGAGAGUUGACCUUGAGGAAGAGGUAGAGAAAUUGCAAGAAGAUUUGGAUGAAGAGCUGAAACUGAGCAAGAUUUUGCAAUGUGCAUUGCAAGGGCCCGUGCAAUCCUGUCCCUGUCUUUCCAAAUUGCUUCCUUCUCAGGUUCAAGUACUUCUUGCAGAACUGGCUAUGGUGGAGGAAGAGAUUAUAUGGCUAGAGAGAAAAGUGGAUAAGCUGAAACUAAGUUUGUACCACGAAAAGAAGCAAACCCGAGAAUGGCAACCGCCCAAGGUGCGCAGGAGGCAUUGGCAACUCAAACAACUAUCCUUUGAGCGGAGCAAUCAAAUGGAAGUCAGUUGCAGACGGGUUUCCCUAAAACCCCAAGGUUUAGAAGAGGAUAUCAAGAACACAAUUUUACGUGAAAGAAGAGCCUCCUUUAGUUCUUCUAUGGAACAUCAACACUUAUCUUCCAUGAAAUCCAAUGAGGAAAUUGCUGAAACCUCAACACGUACCAGAAGAAGCCGAAACCAUGAGUGUUCCGAUGUAAUAAAGAAUGGUAUGGAGAAACCAAAUGAACUCUCAGAAGAGCUGAUGAAGUGCUUGAUAGGCAUAUUUUUCAAACUGAACCAGGCAUCUCCGGGCAGCAAAGGAUCAGCUAUUGCUUCAAGGCAUCAUAUUUCUUGCAUUAACUCAAAAGGCUUCAUGGCAAGGACCUCAUUCAACUGUAAAGCACCAGAAUUUUCAUUUGACAAUACAUCAAAUAUUGAUCCGUAUGGGAUAUUACCCGAUUUUGAUGGCCUUAUUAGAGAUGUUGGCCCGUACAAGAAUUUCUUCCAAAUCACAAGAAGUUCACUGAACAUUAGCCAAAUUUCAGAGUGCAUAAAAGCAAUGGGAAAAUUAAGGGUUUUGAUGCAAAAACUCUGCAAUGUGGACCCAACUUCACUGACCCACAAGCAAAAAUUAGCUUUCUGGAUCAACAUCUACAAUGCCUGCAUAAUGCAUGCAUUUCUACAACAUGGGUUGCCUUCCACACAGGAGAAGCUGCUGGCACUUAUGAACAAGGCUGCAACGAAUGUGGGCGGGAUAGUACUGAAUGCUUUGGCUAUUGAGCACUUCAUUCUCCGUCAUCCAUCUGACUCCAAAAAAGGUUUAAUAGACGAGAACGAAAUGCUACUCCGGCAUGCCUAUGGCUUGGGAUAUCCUGAACCAAAUGUGACAUUCGCUCUUUGUCGAGGCAGCUGGUCUUCACCAGCAUUAAGGGUGUACACACCAGACGACGUCGUGAAUGAAUUGGGAAAAGCAAAAGUGGAGUAUUUGGAAGCUUCUGUGGGAAUUACAAGCAAGAAAAAGAUUUUGGUGCCUAAACUUCUACAGUGGCACAUGAAAGAUUUUGCUGAUGACCUGGAGUCGCUACUGGAAUGGAUUUACAGCCAAUUGCCACCUUCUGGUUCACUGAAAAGGUUGAUAAUGGAGUGCUUAAUCGGAGAAACAAAAUCUCCUUUAGCAAAGAUGGUAGAGAUUCAGCCUUAUGACUCGGAAUUCCGCUACUUGCUGCCCUUGUGAGAUAAACAAGGGAAGAGAACAAAGAUGCUGACAGAAAAGGCAAUGAUAUAGAUAGAACUUAGAAGUGACAGAACAGUAAAUGCCUCCCCAAACAACAGAUAUGUGAAUCCAUAAUUUGCCCCGCAGAAUAUUGUACAAAUAACUUCUGUUUUCAUGACCGCAGAAUUCAUUAUGACUUCUUUU